GGCGGUCGGCGCGCGCCGCCGCCGGCAAGCGCGAUCGCCAAUCGGUGGGCGCGUAGUAUCGCCGCGUCCGGGAUGUCGCUCACGGAACCAAGAUGGCAUCCGAGGACGGUGCGGUUAUCGUGUCAAACGUAGGAUGUGAUGUAAAUAAUACGAACCAGCGGGCAACCGAGCCAGUUGGGACCGAAACAGUGGGUGUUGCGUCAUCCGGUACGGCGUCGCGUACCGUCAUCGAGGAGACGGACAGCCACGCGCGCGAUUCCGCGCGUAAUUCGCCGAGGACGCCCACGGGUCUCCCUGCAGCGUCACCGAUUCACGCGAACACGGAAGGGCACGCGUUACGGAAGAACACGAGCCUCGCGAGCUCGUCUGGUGAUGUGGCUCGACUGCGAGCGAGCAGCGAGCCCGACGACGAAACGCCCCAGCCGUUCACCCAACGGCGCAGCAUGUCUCGCAAUGGUACUGACCUGGAGGACACCGCUCGUCUUCUGGGAGAGCCAGACGGAAGUCCAGAUCAUUGCAACAAUGAUGUAGUAAAACCUGCUAAGGAAUCAAUUGAACACAUUGCACAUAUUGAUUCUACACGUAACAACGAUACAAUGUUAUCUGGAGACGCAUUAUCCACAAAAACAAAAUUAGAAGGAUGUAUUCUCCAACAGAAUUUUUCCAACAAUACACCACAGUUGGGAGAGAGUCCACAAAGUAAUGGGGAAGUGAUCAGUAGCCCGAGAAGUCCUGAUUAUCCUCCGAGAGUUUCUGUCAGUCCUCAUCCUUGUAGUCCAGAUACAACAUUUCCCAUCAGUAUGAUGUCGGUCAAUUCUACAGUUAUUAUGGACACAGCAAAAUAUAACGAAGAGAACACUGAUAACGCCGCCACAUGUUUAGAUAAAGUAACUGAGAAUCUGUUUUGUCCAAAAUCACCGAAAAAGAUAAACGAUUCACAAGUUGGUAUUACAAAAAUAUCAAGCAAGCAACAAGACACUACCGAACAAGAAAACAUUGCAAACAGAGAAUUGACGGCAGAGCUUAUUGAAGUUAAAAAGGAACCCGUAGAUUCGCAGGAAGAGCCUCAAACGAUUAAAUCCGAAUGGAUAGAAGAUGGUUUCUCGGCAGUGGAGUCGGAUAGAGUGGAGUUGGCAACAGCAUCCCAAGACAAAUCUGUAGAUUUCGUUGCUAAUCCAUCUUCCAGUUCGCAUUCAAAAAACUAUUCGUCUUCGAGAGAGAAACGCUCGAAGGAAGACAGACGAUAUUGUUCACGAUGUCACAAACGCAAAGGAAUAAAAAGAGCGAGCAUUGGUGUACAAUGCAAACGGGAUCGUCACGUUUUGUCUUCGUUAAGCAGCAAGGUUCUUCCUUUCUCGAAAACAGUCAAUGAAAACCUAAGGUUAAAUCUACAAACAAAAAACUACAAGACGCUAAACAAUCCAGUAACGAAAAGAGAAUUGCUGGAAGGCCUAAAGUACAAAAAGUUCAUCCAUAUAGAAACAUAUCCUAAUGGCGGUGCGACAGUUGUCCAUAUGUUUCAGGAUGAGAUUAGUACUUUAACAAAUGAACAAAUGCAAGAAUUGGCACAGGAGUACUUCAAAGUGGUUUUUGGUGAAGAUGAAAGUGGAAAUGCUCAUCACGUUAUGGGUAUAGUACAUAAUGCAGCUGCAUAUCUACCUGAUCUUUUGGAUUACAUGGCGAAUAAUUAUUCCACAUUGACUGUAAAAAAUGGCGUAUUGGGUAGAAACAGCGAUAUAGAAACAACAACAAUGGCUCAAUACAAAGACCAAGUUUGUAAAGCUUAUAGUAACGGCACUAUUAGAUACGGGCCGUUGCAUCAAAUAAGUCUGGUGGGUACUGUUCAUGAAGAAGUUGGUGGAUAUUUUCCAGAUCUAUUGCAAAAACUGGAAGAGAACCCAUUUCUAAAAAUGACGAUGCCUUGGGGACCUCUGUCCGUCGUAAAGAUGGACACGCCGCAAGAAUCAAACGAUGGCCCUAUUUUGUGGAUUCGACCAGGCGAACAACUAGUACCAACAGCAGAUAUAAACAAAAGCCCAUAUAAACGACGUAGGACGGGUAUUAAUGAGUUAAGGAAUUUGCAGUAUCUACCACGACUCAGUGAGGCUCGAGAGUAUAUGUUCGAGGAUCGUACAAAGGCACACGCCGAUCAUGUCGGUCAUGGAUUAGACAGAAUGACGACAGCGGCAGUCGGCGUGCUGAAAGCCGUCCACGGCGGUCAGACUUCUCAAUACAACAGGAUCACAAAGGAUGUCGUAGCUUUUUAUGCAGGUGACUUUACUGAACUUGUCGAAAAAUUGCAAUUGGACUUGCAUGAACCGCCGAUAUCGCAAUGCGUGCAGUGGGUGGAGGACGCAAAGCUGAAUCAGUUGCGUCGACAAGGUAUCCGUUAUGCCAAGAUAAAUCUUUAUGACAACGAUAUAUAUUUUCUACCACGCAACAUCAUCCACCAAUUCAGGACAGUUUCGGCUGUCUCGAGUAUCGCUUGGCACAUCAGACUGAAGCAGUAUUACCCAGAAUCGCAACACAGUACGAGCAUCAGACACAUUCGCGUAGUAAACGAAUCCGCUCAUCGUAUCAAGGAGAAAAAGCCUUUGGAAGCUGUCGGUAUAGGCGACGAGCAGAAGGAGAAUACGAAUCGGCAGCGUGUAGAGCAGAAAUUGACGAUCGAUUCUUUGGAGAAGGCGAAGGAAAGGGCGGCCGAAUAUCAGGGUAAUCUGAAAAAAUCUGAUCAGCAUGGAAAGCAUCGCAAGAGUCGACAUCACUCCAGACAUUCGUCGCUUAAACGAAAGGACAAAGAAGAUGGUAGUGAUAAUCAGUCAUCAGAUCCAUUUAGCACUAAAUCAUCCAAGAGUGAAACCACCAAUGAGCAGAAACAAAGCAACGAUAAGAGAGACGAGAAGAGAUCCGAGAAAAAACACAAGGAUCGCCGUCGCAGCAGCGAGAAAUCGAGCAGUCAUCACACACACAGUAGCAGCAGCAGCAGCUCUGAGACCUGUCACUCUUGUAAAAAGAAAAAAUAUGACAGCAACGGUCACAAAUUAGAACAUCGUUGUAGUCAUCAUGAGAGAUCCAGCAGUAAAGGUAUGUCGAGUAAAGAAAGCGUUGCCAGUGUAGUAGAAGCGGGAAUGGUCUCCAAGUUCGAUAGUUCGUCUUCCUUGAAAGAGACUAAGAGACGAUUGAGUAGCUCAGAAUUGUCUGCGUCAGUAGACGUACCUGGAGCCGGAGAUUCUUCUCCGAUUAUUCUCGAGGAAGAAUUACUGAUGCAGCGGCAAACCGUUGCCAAAACGUAUGCUACCGAGGUUGUAGAUAGAGCAUUGGAGAUAGCUAUUUACAAAUCAAAGACUGAUGUCGAGGAGGUAUGCCAGUCGUUACGCGCCGAAGUUUCGGAAGCGUCGAAAGAGGUGUUGGAAAAGAUUCAUAAGGAAAGUUUCGAAAUCGCUGAACAAUGGUUUAAAGAUGACACUGUGAAAUUGGAGAGAUACCGCCAAUUGCUUGAAAUGGAAACCGUGUCGGCAUUCACAUCGAAAAUGGAAUGCGCGACGGAAAAUGCUGUUAAGGCACUGAUUGAAAUGGCGGAAGACGAGGCGAAGGAGAGAGCGAAAAACGAGAAAACUGGCGACUCUACAACUGACGGUAAUCCAUGCAACGAGAAUUCGGCAGCGACGUCGACGACAACCGUUGUCUCUUCUUAUUCCUCGUCCGUAAUGUCCUCCACAUCUCCGUCUACCGAAAACGAAAGACACAGCAAUAGUAGAAACGGCAGCAGCGAUGAGAAUUCGCCGAAACCGUCCGAAUCUCACGGCACAGCGCACUCGAAAUCAAAAUGCAGUUGUAGGGACGAAAAGGAAUGCAGAUGCAGAGAACGAAGACACAAGAAGAGAAGGGACCACGAAAGACGGGAACGAAAGCACGAUCGACAUCACCAUCGGAGUCCCACUCAGUUGAAAUCCGAUUGCAAAGCAUCCGAUGACGUCAACAAGGAUGACGUUCUAAACAUCUCCGGGCUGUCGCACGCUUACUCCGUCGUCGAAAAAUCGGAGCGGAUAAGUUCGAAGAACGUCGAGAAAAAGUCAGAGGAGAGGAGAAAGAAAUGCCAUUGCGAUCAUCACUGUACUCACAGGCACGGAGAGAAGAGAUCUUCCGGCAGUAACAGCGGCAAGGACAGUCACGCGACGUCGAGUCGUUCCCACUCUUCAAGCUCUAAACAUAAGAGAAAGUCCAGCUCGUCCAGCGAGCACAAGGAAACGAAGAGACCAUGUUUGGAGAAGGACUCGAGCGUGCGAACCUCCGAAUCGAGUGCGCAGCUGAGCAGCAUGGUAAGCGCGACGACAGUAACAACAACAACAACAACAACGACGAUGACGACGACGACAACGACGACGACGACGACGACGACGAUGACGAUCGCAACAGCAACAACGACUAAUUCGACGCAUUUGUCGCAGACGAACACUAUUGUGUCGACCACGUGAAAAGGUGAUGUUUUGGCAACUGUAGUACAAUCCGUUCGUUAAAGGCGCGAAUCUACGCGCGGCGGAGCGAAACCGGUGUUUGUUACUUGAGCGCUAAGCGUGAAUUCUAAUCGUAUUUUCACCCCGUGCGUCUGAACACGCGAGAGGAUAGGAAUGACGGGAUAAAUUAUAGACUACGGGAGAUGUACUCUUACCAAAGUAGAGAUCGCCGUGUUUCAAUCCAAAGACGAGAGAUAGGACCUUUACUUGAUUGAAAGAGUGCUACCUUCAUCCUUCUUCCCGUGGCUACACAUACAUACAUUUUAACACAAGACACGCAUACCGCCUUAGUCUCGAAAAGAGAAGUUAACAAUACGAAAAAAUAGUAUUGUUCUCUAGAAAGUACAUAUACACCUGCAUACACACACACACACACACACACCCACACACCCACACCCAUCACUCAUACAUAUACACUUUUCGAAACAGGAUCGCAAAAAUUAUUUUGCUACGAAAGAAAUCUGGACGUCUCAUAUACUGCUGACAGAAUUAAAACUAAUAUUUAUAGUAUAGACGACCAAAUGAGCGGCGUAAGAAAAGGGAAUUUGUACAAAUUUGUGAUCGUGAAAAUUAAUCCCAGUUAAUAUGACGGAGCUGUGUACUUGUACAUAGAUUAAAAUAUUUCCUUUUCUGAGAAUCAUAUCUCACCACGCGAAGAGCUCGUUUAAGUUAUUUAUAUGUGUUAUUCUAUGCGUAAAUUAUUUAUGAUGAUUUUUAUUGGCCAUUCUGCGCUAACAUAAAACCAAGUUCAUGGAAACUUGAUCACGAUUUCCCAGUCGAUGCGGCCGUACUCUUUUCGUGCGAUUCUUAAUAGCACAAUUAUGAUUGUGCUAUUAAUUAUAAUCGAAUGUUUUUAUGUCUUAUAUAAUACAUGGAUUAUCUACGUAUUAUGUAAGAUAAAAAUAUUCAUUUAUAUUUCAUAUAGAUAUGUAGAAUUGUAGAAUGUUUUGAGAGAUGUGAAACAUCUAUAUAAAAUGACAUUUAAGGUACUGAGUAUAGAAUAGGAAAGACAUUUUUGCACGUGACUUUACGUUUCGUAUACACAUCGCAAAACUGUCGCGAUAAGUUAUUGAUUUGAUAAUAUCACUUAUAUUAUCUAUUGAGAGUUUAUCUUACCCAGUAAUAACUACGAGAAUAUCUUAACGCGCUAGUUGGUGGAUAGUACUAGGUAUCACCGAUCCCUACUUCUUUUCACAAGGGGCGUAAAAUAAUAUAUUUGAGUUGCUCGGGUCUCUUUUUUUCUUUUUUUUUCCUCGUUAAGUCAUUGAAACCGCACUAACAGACACUUACAAACUCAUUGCCUUCGCAGAUAAAAAUGAUUUGACAGUGAAACGGAUAUCGUAAAUGUUAUUGAUAUUUUCUCUAUUCGAAUAUACGACAGGAACCUUUAAAAAAGAGUUGAUUUACAUGUUUUAAACGAUCGAUGAUUUCUACGAGUGCCGUUUGAACAGUACAGAAAAAAAAAUUAAGUUUUACGGAAUCUUGACAGAAAGCAUUGUAUAUAUUUAAUGUGCCUCGCGUUUGCGACAGUAAAUUUCUUUCUUCCAUUAUUGAAUACUCUGCCACAUGUUUUGUUACAAUAGUGUACAUACACAGUAAUGAUUUAUAUUAUUCGCCGUAUACUUUAUUUUGUAAGUUCGUUAUAUUAAUACGACAUACGUUUACUCGUACGACUCUAAGAUAAUGAUAUGAGAGAGAGAGAGAGACAUUAAUAUAAAUGUCGACGUAUACGUUGUGUUACGCUUUCGUUAUACAUGUAAACCCGUUUCAAACAGCUAACAUAGUUCCAUCUCAUUCUCACUUCCUUAUUAUAUUAGUUUACAUUAGUUUUUUCGUUACGUUACAUUUUUAAUGCACAGAAACAGAAGGCUUGUAAGUCGAGAAAUAAAAAAAGAUUUAAUAUGAUUUUUAAUUGACAACUGCGUUAUCUUGAAAUAAUUUCAAGCGCAGAUUUUUGUUGCAAUGUGACUUCUCAACAGAUAAGUUUGUGUAGCGUUCUUUUUUUUAUUUUUUCACAAAAGAAGCCGAGAACGGUACAAGUAAAAAGAUAAGAAUGUAUUUAUACUGGGUAAUAGAGUACGACGAAAGUGUACACAGAUAACAGGUGCAUAUGUCUAGUAAUCUGCGGCAGAGGAUACGCGCGAUCUACUGUGUAAAAUCGUUUGAGCGUAACGUUAGAAUGCGUGUAAAAUUGCAUAAAUUCUAGUUCCAUAGAAUCGUAGGUGCCUAAAGUCAGCAAUGAUCCAAUAAGAUCGUCAAAGGUGAAUCUAUUCGCCCACAGAAAGACUUCUUUGUAGACACUUUUCUAUCCCGGAGACCUUUUCCGAAAGUUCGUUUUCAUGCAUCGUCGCACGAGACGCACAUGUUUUUCGGCGGAUUGAGACUGACGAACGAGAUGAGGAAGGAAAACUCGCGCGAAUGAGAAAAAUUCAAAAAUCGCGAAAUUCGACGAACGACAAGCGGAUAAUUAAUUAAGAAAAAACACCAAACGGUGCGUCCCUAAGAUAAAAAGGACCAAAUUGAGAACAGAACGAUCCGUGCAUGUGUCCCUCCCUUAAGGGAGGCUGGGAUCAAUCGGCAAUUACUUUUUUGAAAUUCGCGAGUCAGGAUAGAAUUCUGCUCUUACGAUUGAGCCCAAACUUCCCUCAACUAUAUUCACUUGAAACUAAAUCAUAGGUGCUGGAUACUGAAUAUGCCACUCGAUAUUUUAAGGUGCCUUCGCUCUGUUCGUUGCAGUGAACUGUACCGGUAAUCACCGAUCAUUUACCCGAUCUAUAAAGAUAAAUCUUCAUUUUCACGUGCGUGUGUUUACGUAUGUAUGUAUGUAUGUAUGCGUAUGCGUAUGCGCGUGUAUAAGUAACCUGUGUAAAUUUCAAUUAGCAACGACUAACACGAACGUAUCGACGUGUUGCUUUCGCUCCCGAAACGUUUCAUCGCGCACGCAAUUUUUGAGAAAGAGAGGGAGAAAGAGAGAAAUAAAGAGAGGAAGAGCAACAAUAAGCAAAUUUUCUUUCACGAAAAAAAACUUGUAGAUUGUACAGGAAACAUCUGUGUAAAUAAUUGUAAGAUACUGAAGUUAUAGUUUAGGUUUAGGUCGUUGAAAAGUCUCGUUGUCUCAAAAGACACAAUUAGACUUUCUUCAAAAAUUCCGACUGUAGUGCGAAUAUUAAAUUAAGAGAACCGGAAUACACGACGAAUUAGUGGAAACGCUUGUUUAAUUGUAGAGGACUAAGGACUGGAUUGAAACUAGAAGGGCAAACUGAUAAAAUUUUUAGAAUAAAUAUAGCUGUUUCGAUACUCUUUUGAAAAUCUGUAAUAUAUGUGACAUAAACUGUAGAUUUUCAAUACUGGCAGGGUCUAUCGGAACACAGCCUAUCUGGAGCAGAAUUUAGGCUCAAAUUAAGUUCAUAUUAAUUAAGAGCACAGGGGACAGAGUUGAAAAAUCAAAAGAGGUAUACUUUGGCCCUUCUAGUCUUGCCAAGAAUUACAUGGAAGAGAUAAAGAGAUAUUCGCAAAAUUUCUUUUUAUCGAAAUAGAAAUGACAAAAUCUGCGACUAUACAUCUAUUCUUUGUAUUGCCGUACUUUCAUUGUACAACUUUCUUCCAUUCUUCCUUCAAGGGGCCUGACAUACGUGCUCUUUAUUUUAAAGUGUAAUGAAGUACCACUAAAGACAAAAGAAUAGGAAGAAUCGCUUAAUUGACGAAUAUAUCAAUAAUUUAGCGAUUCUUCUUAUUCUUUUCUCUUUUAGCAUCUUCGUGGCCUUCGAUUUCCGUGUUUAGAAGUAAUAUUUUUUUGUCGAUAGAUCUACGUUGUUGAAUCAUCAGCUAAACGAAGAGUGGAAUCACACCGUGUGAUCGAUUUUCUGUCAUUAAACGAGGUUUAGCUCGAUGAAACGUGAAUCCAGCAUUGACGACAACCGCGUUCUCUUUCAUUCGAGCGGGAAAAAAAAAUAGUAUAGUACUCACGAAGCGAAUUCAUUGGCCGGUUUGAUCAACUUUUCUCACAUUAAAUCGUACGAUAUUUUAGCAAUUACGAGAAACGUGUACAACAAAAGUGAAAAACUAACAAACUGUAAAACGUUUCAGAGUCAUAAAUGUUAUAUUGUAUUACAUAGGACGAUUGUGAAAUUCGAUCGUAGCAUAUUCUUAUCGUUUUAUUAAAGAGUCAAAAACAAAAUAUGCAACAUUGAUUGAUAAGAAUUUGAGAGAUAUUGAUCAAGUUAGCCACAAUACUUCGUUUUGCAAUUAACUUUUUAUAAGUAUACCUUACACCAUGCGUAUAUAGAAUAGAUAUUGCGAAAUGGGCUAAACGAUGUCGUGGAAAAUCAAUCUUUGCUUUUAAUUGAAGAAACAUUAACAGGUAUAGAGUGUUAAUUAGUUUUUAAAUGUGUAAGCGAGAAAUACGUUUUGCAAUACUUAGAAAUCUAAAAGGGCGGAAUUAUAAUUUAUCCCACUUUAUGAUAAUCUCUCUUUCUCGUCCUCUCUAAUCUGCUGCAGAUCGCCGAUCCCCGCAACUCACCCCUAGCUCGAAAGUACUUUCAGUUUCGAUAAUCGCCUCGCUGGUACGAAGGACCGAUCCCUCAGAGUCGCUGUUGGUCGCACGGCGUUGUGUAAAAAGGAAAGAUAAAAAGAGACGUAGACCUGCAUAUAAAGAUAUUAUGUAAAAAAAAAAAAUAUGACUCCCCCUGCGGCGCAGUGGGGACCCUGGGGGAACAGGAGAACGAGAGGCGGCGACUUUUCGCAACAUGCACCGAAAUGCAUCCCGCUCAAACGGGAAUUGUAAUCGCUUUGUACAUUUCUGUAAAUAUACCUCUAGACACUCGGUAUGUACGGAGCGAUGCGACGACGGGCCGGGACGUAAACGAAACGUUGGAACAGGACGCGAGAAGCGACGUGCAACGGACGAUGGCGAGAGAGAUGCCAAUCGCGUUUGAUAUUGAGAAAAAGAGGAGUGAAGGAGUAGCUGUGUCGAAGACUGCAGAAAUUGAUUGCUACGAAUCGCGAUUCUCUUGAGCAUUCUCAUCCAAUUUCAGAAUUAUGCCAACUAAUAAUCGGAUUGGCCACGGAUGUAGAUUUACAAACUUGGAAAAAAAAAUCUGUAGAAAGUGAGCAUAACUUACAAGUAGCGUUUUUCUCUCUCCGUUUGUUUCUCGCUCUUUGUAUCUUGCGUGCGUAUCGUCUCCCGACUCGACGAUCGAAUGUUCGCUCGUAAAAGGAAAAUCAAUGUAGAGGGAGGAGGAGGAGGAAGAGGAGGACGACAGUACGCGGUAGUUAGCGCAUUGGAGGUUUAAUUAUCGCUAUCGAGCAUUAUAUAUACGUGUACAUAUAUGUAUACGUAUAUAUAAAAACUGCUAUUAUUCUAUUAUCUCAUAUACACGAUAUAUAUUUGCGUUGACCCGUGAGGAAUCAUAAAAGAAAUAAGCAUAUAGUUAUAAAAUAUAAAUAUCGUAGCGUUUAGUUUUACAUAUUAUACCCGUCACACGUGUAGAAGUCGCAUUCCAACGUCUAAGUUUUUAAUGAAACAAAUAAAUUACUUUGG